GUCGCCAUAUACCAACGUCUGUCUUCCUGUAGAGGUCAUGGAUUUCUCCUGAAUUGCUCCCGACCACGAUCCCGUUUGGGUCUCGCGAUUCCGACUCGUUCCUUUGCCCCGCACCGCACCUCUCGGGGCCAGCAGCCAGUUCACCAGCCAUUCCCGAAGCUACUACUUUCGUCCCUCCCCCUCCUCUUCCAAGUCUUUUUUGCGACUCCGUUACUCCGAAGUCAAUCCUUUACUUGCGCCAACCGCCCAUUGACUCGUGUAUACUAUGAGACUCCGCAAAGCCGCCCGCGUCAUUCUCGUCGGUGCCCCCGGUGUUGGGAAAGGAACGCAGUCCGAACGGCUUCUCCAUCGAUUUCCGCAAAUCCAGUCAAUCAGCACAGGAGACCUGCUUCGUAACAAUGUCAAGCACCGGACCCCUCUCGGCAUCAAGGUCGAGAAGACCAUGAAGUCCGGCGGGCUAGUCGCUGAUGAGCUGAUUAUGCGCCUGAUCUCCAAUGAGAUGUACAAGAACGGAUGGCUUCUCAACAGCCGCAGAAGACCCCAGGUCAUGACGUUGUCCUCUUCCUCGACCGCGGUGGACUCCUUCUACGACGAGCACAUGGACGACUGGGUGACAGCCUCCGGCGCGCUUGACAGCCACUCUGCUCCCGAAGCCUCCGAGGACCCUGCGGCCUCUUUCAUCCUUGACGGUUUCCCGAGAACAGCUACCCAGGCUUUGGUUUGCGACAAGCUUAUCCCCAUCAAUCUGGUUGUGUCUCUUAAGACCCCGUUCCACGUCGUGAUGGAGCGCAUCUCCGGCCGCUGGGUCCACGAGCCCUCUGGCCGUGUGUACAACACUACUUUCAACGCUCCGGCGGUCCCCGGUAAGGACGACGUCACCGGAGAACCCCUCACGCAGCGCCCAGAUGAUACCGAGGCGGUGUACAGGGAACGAUUCCGCAAGUUUCAGGAGACCAGCGAGCCCCUUCUCGAGCACUACAACAAGAAGGGCGUUCUCUGGGAGGUUGAGGGCAUGAGCAGCGAUGAAAUUAGCCCUCUGCUUUUCGACGAAUUCGAGCGACGUUUUGUCCAUUGAUUUACAAUUUUUCACCUUCUUUUUCUAUAUCUACCGGAGUUACACGUGGUCAAGAUACCUCGGGCUAGCCAGAAAGACCCAUGGAAUGGGCAGGUUGGACGGAUGGGGACAAACCCCAAGGGCGGUCGCAGUACAAGCGCUUUACUGCUUCGAACAUUGAUUGUUAUUAUACGUACAUGU